UCGUCUCUAUCUAUAUAAUUGUAUAUGUAUUUAUGUUAAAAAAAAAUAGGAACCAGAAUGGAAAUAAGUCCGACUUUAUUGUGCCAUCCAGGUCCCUUUUUACAAAUCUGUGUGUACUGUUUGGUUUGAGGACCAGGAUCCUAUGGCUCAUGAACUUCUAUGUUUUCUGUAAAACAUUUAGAAAUAGCGAUAAAUGUAGAUGAACAAUACAUUGCUUACUUUAAAGCAAAAUGAACCCUUUUGUAAGCUAGCUAUUUAUUGCACUGAAAACAAAAAAGCCCCCUGUUUGACGCCCACCUCGGUCCCUGUGUUCAGCUAGUAAUGCCUGAUGUGCUGGAGCCAGGUCUGAUCUGGCCAGCUGGCUAAUGUUUUGGAGAACAUAGACCAAUAGCUAGCCUAGCUACACUGCUAGUUUGCCAACCACAUUCGGUCAACACAAUAUGAAAACAUCGGAGAAAAUGAAACAUAAAUAUACGAGACUGUUUCAGACGCUGGAGUCAAGUCGUCAAGAACAUCCAACCGUAGCAGUGGAGAAAAGUUUAACUGCCAGAACCCACACCACCAGUUGUUUGGUCAUUAACGUUAUGUUGUAAUUCUGUAAAACGAACAGAUUUAAAUUAUUCAUGUCACCAAUGGCAACAUUGUCAUCAGCUCCUCAUGGCUGUUAACAAAUGACAAACUGCAGUGAUUAGGUAACUAAUAAUUAAAAACCCAUUUUUAGCUAGUUAGCUACAAACAUGGUUCUGUCAUCAAUAGUUGGAUUUCAUCAUGCUAUGGUAAGGUAAAGGUGUAGACUACAAGCUAGAUGCCCCUUUAGACUACAAGCUGGCCACACACACUUUCAUAUGGCCUUUGCGAAGACCCUUUGGUGACUGAGACCAACAAACACCAGUGUGAAGGAGAGGAAGGAAGGCCUGAUCUUUGAGAUGACUGUCUACCCAAAGAAUUCAGUGCGGAUCUUAUCUGCCCGGGAGUGUGGUGCCCGCGGCCUUGGCUCCCAGCGCCUCCUGCAGCAGCUUGUUGAGGAGAAGACCCGGAGGAUGAAAUGGCAGAGUCAGAAGGUGGAGUUGCCGGACAGCCCUCGUUCUACCUUCCUGUUGGCUUUUAGCCCGGACAGGACCUUAAUGGCCUCCACACAUGUCAACCACAACAUUUAUGUCACAGUGGUUAAGACAGGGAAGUGUGCUCAUUCUCUGGUUGGCCAUCGCCGCACUCCUUGGUGUCUGACCUUUCACCCUACCAUCCCUGGUUUGGUGGCUUCGGGAUGUCUGGAUGGAGAGGUUCGCAUCUGGGACCUGCAUGGUGGCAGUGAGAGCUGGUUCACUGAGAGCAAUGUGGCCAUUGCCUCCCUGGCCUUUCACCCUACCGCCCAGCUCCUUCUCAUAGCAACAAACAAUGAGGUUCACUUCUGGGACUGGAGUAGGAGGGAGCCAUUUGCCCUGGUCAAGACUGCCAGCGAGACAGAGAGAGUCAGACUGGUGAGGUUUGACCCACUGGGUCAUUACCUGUUGACCGCUAUAGUGAAUCCCUCUAACCAACAGCAGAGUGAUGAUGACUCUGAGGUCCCCAUGGAUAGCAUGGAGAUGCCCCACUUUCGCCAUCGAUCCUUCCUACAGUCCCAACCGGUCCGCCGUACCCCCAUUCUCCACAACUUCCUGCACAUCCUGUCAUUGAGGAACUCAGGCUCACAGUCUGAGGAGCAGCAUCCUCCUGAACCCGCUGUCAAUAGUGCUGCUGACUCUCCUAGUCUUCCCUCUGGACGUUAUUCCGCCCUACGGAAUCGCUUCCGACCCCCCUACCAGGGUUGUGUGCAACACCUUGGUAUGGUUUGCUUCUGCAGUCGGUGCUCUCCCACCCAAGCCCCUUCACGAUCUGGAGAGGACCCCUCUGACCCUGAGAGCCUGGAGACCCAGUCCUAUGCCUCCACCUUCUCUUCUGCUCGCACUGAGCCCCGGCAGCCCUCUGAGCCUCGCUCCUCACACCGUCCCUCUGCCUUCAGCAGUGUGUACAGCGGUGCUAGAGGACACUCUUUACGCACUCCAUCUUCAGGCCACCAGCAGCCAGGCCGGGAGUGUUCUGGGCGACUGGCGGGGGCAGACUGGAUGGGUAGCAUGCUCAACAUGCGGCCUGAGCAUAGUGGGGGUGUUGGGGUAUCUCCACCCAGGACUAGUGCAUCAUCUGUCAGCCUGCUGUCUGUGCUGAGACAGCAGGAGUGCUCCUAUCAGUCGCCUGUCUACACCUCUGCCACAGAGGGAGGAAGCUUUCCCCCAGCAGUUAUGAGCCCCCACACCAGUGGAAACAGCUCUGUAGAUGGACCCAGCACUAGUAGUGGACACCACACUCUUGGGGAGGGAGGGAGCAACAGCCCCACCUCUAUCCGUAACGUGCUGCAGUGCAACUUGAAUCGCUACUUCAUGGAGUAUGAUCGCAUGCAGGAAAUGGAGCAGUCAGGUGGCGCUGGUGGAGAGAGCAGCCAAGAGCAACAGACAUGGGAGAUGCUCAAUAAUAACAUAGACUCUGAGCGGCCUGUCACCCCUCAUUAUCAGCCCCCCCACAGCAGUGAUGAUGGUUCUGGUCCCUCCCGCGGCCAUAUGAACCGCUGCAGGGUCUGCAACAACCUGUUCAUGUUUAACCGUGGUACACAGCGCUGGGAGCGCACUGGCCAGACCCCAUCACAAGAGGGGAGCACCUCAUGGCAGCCCCCAAGCCCCAACCCUGCCUUUCACAAUAUGAGGCAGACUGUGAUACAGGAUCCCCAGUCCUCUGACAGGAGACAGUUAGCACAGCCACAGCCCAGUGCUGAUGAACCUGGAGGGGACACAGCCUUCCCUCACCGGGGAACCCCUAGCCCGCAGAGAGAACGGGCAGUGGGGUUGGUGUAUAAUCAGGAGACAAGACAAGAGGCCUUAAACCAAGAAAUGCCUGACGAAAACCCUGAUGAUGAUUACCUGAGAAGGAGACUUUUGGAGUCAUCUAAUAUGUCGCCGUCUCGGUAUGACAUAUCUGGCUCCUGGGACCAUCCCAUUUAUCCAGAUCCUGCCAGGGAUAACGGUGAUCGCGCCAGACACAGGGCUCCGCGCAAUGCUCGUAUGUCUGCCCCCUCGCUUGGCAGAUUUGUUCCCCGGAGGUUCCUACUGCCUGAGUAUCUGCCAUAUGCUGGCAUCUUCCACCACGAGAGGGGCCAGCCUGGCCUGGCCACCCAUUCCUCUGUCAACAGGGUCCUAGCAGGUGCGGUUAUUGGUGACGGUCAGUCAGCUGUGGCCAGUAACAUCGCCAACACUACCUACCGCCUCCAGUGGUGGGACUUCACCAAGUACAACCUACCUGAAAUCAGCAACUCCUCGGUCAACGUGCUGGUGCAGAACUGCAAGAUCUACAAUGACGCCAGCUGUGACAUCUCUGCAGACGGGCAGCUCCUGGCCGUGUUCAUACCCAGCAGCCAGCAGGGCUUCCCAGACGAGGGCAUCCUGGCUAUCUACUCUCUGGCGCCUCACAACCUGGGAGAGAUGCUCUACUCCAAGAGAUUUGGUCCUAAUGCCAUUUCUGUCAGCCUGUCCCCAAUGGGCCACUACGUGAUGGUGGGCUUGGCCUCUCGCAGGAUCCUGCUCCAUCACAACACAGACCACAUGGUAGCGCAAGUGUUACGACUGCAGCAGCCCCAUGGUGGAGAGACUUCCAUGAGGAGAAUGUUUGAUGUGGUGUACCCCAUGGCCGCUGAUCAGCGGAGACACGUCAGCAUCAACUCGGCCCGCUGGCUCCCAGAACCUGGCCUGGGUCUUGCCUACGGUACCAACAAGGGAGACCUAGUCAUCUGCAGACCUGUAGAUGCCCAGUUAGAUGGAGACGGCCCCGCUGAGCACAGUGAGCCCGUAUUUGCUGUCAACAACAAUCGAGGUGGUGGUACUGGUGGGAGCCGCGACGAAGAGCGACCAGGGAGCAGCAGGGCCCCCUUGAGGUCUGAAAGGGACAUGGGGCUUAUGAACGCCAUCGGUCUCCAGCCCCGUCACCCUACCCCCGUUGUGACAUCACAAGGCACACAGACACCCAUCCCACAGCUUCAGAAUGCCGAAACACAGACCGACCGAGAUCCACAGGUUCCCAGCACAUUCCGGGCCUCCGAAGACACAGACAGCUCCCUGAGCAACAUUUCCAGGGAUGUCUUGUCAGCCAACCUCAGCUGUAAUGAUUCUGGCACCAAUGAGACCUGUGUGGUGGGGGAGGAGGAGAUGGGAAGCCCCUACAAAGCCGUGGAGAUGGUCUUCAUCGCCCUGGUUACAGGCUCCCUUAGUUUUGUCACUGUCACAGGCAACAUCCUGGUGAUGCUCUCCAUUAAAGUAAAUCGGCACCUCCAGACGGUCAACAACUACUUCCUGUUUAGCCUGGCGUGUGCAGACCUUAUCAUUGGUGCGUUCUCCAUGAACCUCUACACUGUCUACAUCAUUGUGGGCUAUUGGCCCCUGGGACCUGUAGCGUGUGACUUGUGGCUGGCCCUGGAUUACGUGGUGAGCAAUGCUUCUGUCAUGAACCUUCUUAUUAUUAGCUUUGACCGCUACUUCUGUGUCACCAAGCCCCUGAGCUAUCCAGCCAGAAGGACCACCAAAAUGGCUGGGCUGAUGAUUGCAGGUGCCUGGAUUCUUUCCUUCAUUCUUUGGGCCCCUGCUAUCCUGUUUUGGCAGUUUAUUGUUGGAGAACGCACGGUUCCACCAGGAGAGUGCUACAUCCAGUUUCUCUCCAACCCUGCCGUCACUUUCGGCACAGCCAUCGCUGCCUUCUACCUGCCUGUGGUCAUCAUGAUGGUGCUCUACAUCCACAUCUCUCUGGCCAGCCGCAGCCGGGUGUCCAAGCAGAAGCCCGAGGCUGAGAAAAAGAAGAAGGGCCUCAAGAUACCUAACCCACUCAAGAGCCACAUCCUUAACAGACAGAAUAACAACAACCCGUCCCCCAAGCCCAGUCUGGAGUCCUGCAACACCGGUGAAGCUGUGAAGAAUGGCAAGAUUGAUGUGUCUGUUGUUUCCACCAAGGCUGACGCUAGUGUCAAUCCAGAAGAGAAAGAGAGUUCCAAUGGCUCCAGCACAGCCAGCAUUGCCCCCAAAAAUGCCAAGGAGAGGGCCAACAGUGAAGCCAUUUCCGAGGGGUGCCUUGGCAUUGCUCCUGCACCUGCUCCUGCACCUGAACCUGCACUUGCAGCGGCAACCGUUAAACUCAACCCUGCCUCUAAAUGGUCCAAGAUCAAGAUUGUAACCAAGCAGGCUGGUGACGAGUGCAUUACUGCCAUCGAGAUUCAGCCACCCAUCAAGGGGGGCGAGACCCGCUCUAUCCCAGUCAACCGCCCCCGGAAGGUGGCGCGCAAGUUUGCCAGUAUUGCCCGCAGCCAGGUGAAGAGGAAGCGCCAAAUGGCAGCCAGGGAGAAAAAGGUGACCAAAACCAUCUUCGCCAUCCUGCUUGCCUUCAUCCUCACAUGGACCCCGUACAAUGUCAUGGUGCUCAUCAGCACCUUCUGCCACUCCUGUGUCCCGGACACUGUGUGGGCCAUCGGCUACUGGCUGUGCUACGUCAACAGCACCAUCAACCCAGCCUGCUACGCCCUCUGCAACGCCACCUUCAAGAAGACCUUUAAGAAUCUCCUCAUGUGCCAGUAUAAGAAUAUUGGAACAAGAUGAGCUGGAGCAUACAUAUGGUGAGGGGUAAUAUUACUAAGACAUCUGGAGGGCUGAGUGGUUACAGAGAACAGGAGGAGGGAGCCUCCACAGGGAGCCUCCACAGUCAUGUUUAUCAACUUAUGUCACACUCAACGCUCCUCGGAGAUGUCUUAGCCACAGAAGAAUAGUAACAUCGUCAGCUACGUCCAAAUGAUACAGUAUGAGAAUGAUGGCCAAUGUGAGGAUGGGGCAAACGAAGAAUCUGAGAUCAGCCAAAGUUAUGGAGUCCAAACAUGUCUCAGUUGUUUUCUUUUCCCCCCUGGACCCUUAUUGUGAUGACCAACAAGGACUAAUUCGUAUCCACUGAAACGUGGUAACAAUCUUCAAAAAGCCCAGCUGAACGUCUGUGGACUAAGGCCAGGCCAAGACUUCAGUCAUCCCUCUACAAGAUACCACCACCAAAAUCAGAGACCGUGAGGGGCAGUGUUACAUAAUGUCUGGGUGUACGGCAAAAUACGCAUUAAAAAGGAGCUUGGAAAUCUUCCUUUAUGCAACAGUAUCAAAGGAAACGAGCAUGAAAUGUCCGAUUAAACUAUCCAUUUCCUCCUUUCCCUCCUCCAUGAGGAAUUAGAAUUGAUUAAGUCCUCACGGAGAUGGAGGCACUCCCUCACAUCAGUGAAUCCUUAUCAUAAUGUGAUAUGGAGAGCAAUGUGGUCACGACAUGAUAUGGAGAACAAAGACGAUAUGGAUCCUUUGUUGUUGCAGACUGUCUAACCUCAAGGCUAGUUGCACGUACGUCAACAUGCUGCUGGUGACUUGAAACACGUUGUUACCCCUGAAAGUACUGUAAUGCAUAUCCAUUCACCUCCCACUGACCAAAAUAUUGAUGUAUAUGUUUUGCUCCAAAUGGAAUCUUCAAACGUGACAAACUGUUGAUGGCAGUACAAGGCCAAUGCAUAAGUUAACAACCAGUGUUUGGCUCCAAACAAUUCAUUUAUCGUGCCAUUACGUUACAAGGAGAAACACCCGCCGGCAACGAUAAAGCUUUAAUUCAUUGCCAGCUUCACAAUAAUGGAAGUGUUGUGUUUUUAAAUUUGGCCUUCACUGCGACUGGAACUGCCGGUACAAAAUACAAAACACUUGUUUAGAGGGGAUACUUAUCUCGAGAGUAUUAAACAUAUGUUCUAUGUUAUCUCCUGCCUAAUUAUGAAUGUGUAAAUAGAAGGCCAUUGUAUGCUCUAAAAACUGCAGUUUCUCAUUUCAUAUCUGAAUGUUUGUACCUCUCUUGUAUUAUGUUUGUGAUUUACACAUAAUUUUACAAAUUGAAUAUAAACAAUAUAUAUAUAUAUAUAUAAAUAUAUAUAUAUAGCUGUAUGUAUAUGAAAGAGAUAUUAAGAGAGUGUAUUUAUAAAUUUAUUCAAAGUCAGGAAUUUGGGGGGGAAAAUGGAACCCGUUGUUUUUUGGUGACUAAAUCCCUUAUAUUUGUAAAUGUGCCACUAUUCUACAUGUUGGAUUACAAUGUGUGAAGUCCAGCUUGUACCUCCCCAGCCUAUAUCCAUAUUCACGAGGUCACACCAAUGAUUAGGUGGGUAAUAUUACUAGCUUAUCUAACUGGUUCAAUGCAUUUUCAAAGAAGGACCUUCUAACAAAGAGCUAAAUGCAUAAAAGUAGGGAUUAGUGGGAAAAUAACUGAUGCUGUUUGGGCAUGACCUGGUCAUGUAAAAUGGCCAGCUACGGAUGUGCAUCCAUAUAAAACUGAUUUUGAAAUGAUCAUGGGGUGAUUACUGUGGUGGUAAAGCUGGAUGAAUAAUCUUACUUUAAUUCCUGAAUAUCACAUUGGCAUGACAGGCUGGGUGCGACCCCCCACCAAAAAAAGUGGUGAAAGGGAGAGUGUAAAACAUGUCCACAGUUUCCUGUAGUAUGGCCCCUCCCCUAAAACAACUAUCCAGAGACAGUGUACAGAGGAUUGUAUCUUUUUCUAAUGCUUAAUAAAAGAUCUUGUACCAUUGGAA